AUGAAGAGGAGGGAAGCUCUCGUUUACAACACUCCUGAUGAUCAUGUCACAAAGGAUAUAAGAGAUGGGAUUGCUAAAUUAGGUGGCUUGAGGUUCAACGUGUUGGACUCUGCUGGUAUUGAGACUGAGGUUUCUUCUGGUACUAUUCUUGGUAGAACCACAUCAAUGACCGCUAAUGUGCUUUCAACGACUCAGUUUGCGAUUCUUAUCAUCGAUGUCAGGUGCGCGAAUCUCCAGAUCAUAAAAUCUCAACGAAGUAUGACACAUUCAGAAGUAGUUAUAGCUAGACGCGCUGUAGAAGAAGGACGUGGUCUACUCGUAAUCGGCAAUAAAAUGGAUUGUCUAAGAGGGAAACAGAACUCAGAGAUGUACAAGAAAAUCAAAGAAGCAGUUACCAUUGAAGUUCAGACAUUAUUCGGUUACUCCUCAGGAAUCCCGGUUGUGUUCAUCUCUGCAUUAGAGGGGAGAGGACGUUUACAAGUAAUGAACGAAGUCAUUGGCACAUACAAGAGAUGGUGUUCAAGGCUUUCCACUGGUCGACUCAACCGCUGGUUAAUCAAGAUUUGUGAUGAGCCGACAUUCAUGGAAAGCCUCAACUUCGCAGCUAAGGAUCAAGUUUUUCACUCAGGUGAAAGCUCGACCGCCGACUUCUGUGGCGUUUGUUACACACUUAAAAGCCUAUGUCUCCCAAUUGAAAUCAAUCAAUAUGAUUAA